AUUUUUCAGUCUAUAAGCGUGUGUGAAAAGCUCCCACCGCCUCCUACCUCCCUCCACUACUCCUCUCUCCCAAAAGUUUUUCAGGUCGUUCCUGUAAAAUAUAUUCAAUAUGAGCGACGAAGUUUACGAGGGUGCCAUUGGCAUCGAUCUUGGCACAACCUACUCUUGCGUUGCCAACUACGAGGGCACCAAUGUCGAGAUCAUCGCCAACGAGCAGGGUAGCUUUACCACUCCCUCGUUCGUCUCGUUCACAAGCGAGGAGCGUCUCAUCGGUGAGGCGGCCAAGAACCAGGCUGCUAUGAACCCCGAAAACACCGUCUUCGACGUCAAGCGUCUCAUUGGUCGCCGCUUCGACGACGAGACUGUCAAGAAGGACGUCCAGUCAUGGCCCUUCAAGAUCGUCGCUCAGGGCGACUCCCCCAUGGUCCAGGUCGAGUACCUCGGUGAGACCAAGCAGUUCUCUCCCCAGGAGAUCUCUGCCAUGGUCCUCGUCAAGAUGAAGGAGAUCGCUGAGACCAAGCUCGGCAUGAAGGUCGAGAAGGCCGUCAUCACCGUCCCCGCCUACUUCAACGACAACCAGCGUCAGGCCACCAAGGACGCCGGUGCCAUCGCUGGUCUUAACGUCCUCCGAAUCAUCAACGAGCCUACCGCCGCCGCUAUCGCCUACGGUCUCGGUUCCGGCAAGUCCGAGAAGGAGAGGAACGUCCUCAUCUACGAUCUUGGUGGUGGAACUUUCGAUGUUUCCCUCCUUCACAUCCAGGGUGGUGUCUUCACCGUCAAGGCCACCGCUGGUGACACGCACUUGGGCGGAAGUGACUUUGACACUGCCCUCCUCGACCACUUCAGAAAGGAGAUCCUCCGCAAGACCAAGAAGGACAUCUCCGGCGAUGCCCGUGCCCUUCGUCGUCUCCGAACUGCUUGCGAGCGUGCCAAGCGUACUCUCUCCAACGCCACACAGACCACUGUUGAGAUCGACUCACUGUUCGACGGUGAGGACUUCAAUGCCAACAUCACUCGUGCUCGUUUCGAGGACCUGAACCAGAAGGCUUUCGCCGGCACUCUCGAGCCCGUUGCCCAGGUUCUCAAGGAUGCCGCUAUUGACAAGAGCAAGGUUGACGAGAUCGUCCUUGUCGGUGGUUCCACCCGUAUCCCCAAGAUCCAGAAGCUCCUCAGCGACUUCUUCGGUGGCAAGAAGCUCGAGAAGAGCAUCAACCCCGACGAGGCUGUUGCCUACGGUGCUGCCGUCCAGGCCGGUAUCCUUUCCGGAAAGGCUACCUCCGCCGAGACUGCUGACCUCCUCCUUCUCGACGUCGUUCCCCUCUCCCUUGGUGUCGCCAUGGAGGGCAACAUCUUCGCUCCCGUCGUUCCCCGUGGACAAACUGUGCCCACUAUCAAGAAGCGCACAUUUACGACAGUUGCUGAUAACCAGCAGACCGUUCAGUUCCCCGUCUUCCAGGGUGAGCGUGUCAACUGUGAGGAUAACACCUCCCUCGGAGAGUUCACUCUCGCUCCCAUCCCUCCCAUGAAGGCUGGUGAUGCCGUCCUCGAGGUCGUCUUCGAGGUCGACGUCAACGGUAUUCUGAAGGUCACCGCCACUGAGAAGACCUCCGGUCGCAGCGCCAACAUCACCAUCUCCAACGCCGUCGGUAAGCUCUCGUCGACCGACAUCGAGAACAUGAUCAACGACGCCGCCAAGUUCAAGAGCUCCGACGAGGCUUUCUCCAAGAAGUUCGAGGGCAGGCAACAGCUCGAGUCCUACAUCUCCCGCGUCGAAGAGAUGGUCUCGGACCCUACUACCGCUAUCCGCCUCAAGCGCGGCCAGAAGGAGAAGAUCGAGGCUGCUCUCUCCGACGCCAUGGCCCAGCUCGAGGUCGAGGACUCUUCCGCCGAAGACCUCAAGAAGAAGGAGCUUGCGCUGAAGCGCGUCGUCACCAAGGCUUUCUCCACCCGAUAAACGUGGACGCUUGGAUGACAGGGAUGUCGGGCAAGACUGGCCGCAGGUGCAAGGGGCAUAUACCCAGACUGCUCGCUGCCUCGUGCGCCGGCGCUGCGAACGGAGUUUCAGUGUUUUGCAGCAUUUCACGAUAGACUUUGUGUGUUUGGUUCCUACCUCCUUUUCUCCUUCCUACGGGCAUUUAUGGGACGCAAAAGUCUUUCAUGUACUUCUCACGACGAUGCCCUGACGAAUAAUGGAUGUCUCGCACAAUGAGCUCGCGAAAAGGUACAACCCAGAGCGAAGGAAAGGAAAGUUGAAUGAACGUUCGAUGUUACAAUUGCCACUCCAUCGUGAUGCCA